UGUUUAUGUCUUGGAAAACGUUUCAUUCACCUCAACAAUGGCACAGGAAAACUUCCAAAUUCCAAGAACGAAACUGGGGAGCCAAGGACUUGAGGUCUCAAAGCUUGGGUUUGGAUGCAUGGGCCUAACUGGAGUCUACAACUCUCCUCUCUCAGAUGAGGACGGAAUCUCAAUAUUGAGACAUGCCUUCGAUAAAGGAAUCACUUUCUUUGAUACUUCAGAUGUAUAUGGACCCCAUACUAAUGAGAUUUUGGUGGGAAAGGCCCUGAAGCAAUUACCAAGAGAAAAAGUUCAGUUGGCCACAAAGUUUGGUAUUGUCAAAAUGCCACCUCCUAAAAUGAUAGUGAAUGGCAUCCCUGAGUAUGUAAGGUCAAGUUGUGAGGCCAGCUUGAAGCGCCUAGGCAUAGAUUACAUUGAUCUGUAUUAUCAGCAUCGAGUCGACACAUCAGUGCCUAUUGAGGAAACUAUGAGUGAACUAAAAAAACUGGUUGAAGAAGGAAAGAUAAAGUAUAUUGGACUAUCUGAAGCUAGUCCUGACACAAUAAGAAGGGCACAUGCUGUUCAUCCCAUCACAGCUUUGCAGAUAGAGUGGUCCCUGUGGACUCGUGAUGUUGAGGAAGAGAUCGUUCCUCUUUGCAAGGAGCUUGGCAUUGGAAUUGUUCCAUAUAGUCCUCUUGGUCGUGGUUUUUUUGCAGGUAAAGGAGUUGUUGAAAGGUUGCCUGCAAACAGCAUGCUGGUUGGAUAUCCUCGAUUUCGAGCAGAGAACUUGGAUAAAAACAAAAUGGCAUAUAAUCGAAUGGAAAAGCUUGGUGAAAAGCAUAAAUGCACUCCUUCUCAACUAGCAUUGGCAUGGAUUCUCCAACAAGGGGAUUUUGUUGUGCCUAUUCCUGGGACUACUAAGAUCAAAAACCUGGAAUCGAACAUGGGCUCCUUGAGGGUGCAACUUACAGGAGAAGACCUAAAAGCAAUCGCUGCAGCUGUACCCAUAGAAGAAGUGGCAGGAGAUAGGGCCCAUGAGAGCAUGAGUGCCAUGUCAUGGAAGUUUGCUAACACACCUCCACAAGUAUAACACAAUAGCUUCUGCAGCGAAGGCACCACUCUGCUUUCCUGGCGUUAUGUCAGUUUGAUCAAGUCUUACUAAGCCAAAACCUGGCUUUUUUUUCUUUUCCAGCCACGAAAUUUAUUUGAAACAAUGAGGUUCUGCUAUGUAGUUUCUGUUUCAGUUUUCGAGAAAUGAAAUGGCUAAGGAGAACUGUUUCUAAUUUUGAGUGGAUAGGGACCCUGCAGCCAUUGUUCUCUGCCAUUUUGGGUAAGAGAGGAAGAUGACCGAAACUCAGAAAUGGGCAUGUACAUGAAUACAGUUCAAGGUAGCAAUUGUGCAGGAAGAUGGGAUUUGCAAGAAAAUAAUGGUAAAACUAAAAAGCGAAUGUUAUGUAUUC